CGACGAGUCCUUUGAAAAGCAGCGCUGCAAUUAGCCCGCUGAAAUUUCAGUUACGUAUUCUCCAUUUUCUGAGCCUGUUGCUUUUUGUUCACGAUGGCCGAAAGACCCGGAAUCCUUGCCCCGUUCCAUAUUAUCAGCUAUGGAACAUUGCUGGGAACUCAGACUUUUCAGACUUUCGUAGGCGGCAUUAUCGCCUUUAAAACCCUCCCCCGUCCCCAGUUUGCUGCGUUGCAAUCAUCGAUCUUCCCAGUAUAUUUCGGCCUGCAGACCCUUUUGCCCUUGGUAGUUGCUGCCACAUAUCCGGGUGAACAAUCAUUUGGUGGGUUUGGUCCUUCAAGUAUUUCCGGUGUUUUAGCCGAAGGCAACCGUCUCUCAACGUUGCUGCCAAUUGCCGUGACCUUUGUUAGCGGUCUCGCAAACAUGUUGGCAUUGGAACCUGCAGCAUCGAAGAUUAAAACUGAGAGGCAGCGACAAGAAUCUAUUGAUGGAAAGAAGUACUACGACCCAGGCCCGCAUUCAAAGGAGAUGAUGAGACUAAACAAGUCAUUUGGCCGUAUCCAUGGCAUUUCUACUCUGGUCAACCUUGCUGGAUUGGCGGCCACUUUAUAUUAUGGCAAGACCUUGGCCGGACGUUUGGUUUGAUCGACUAUCUAUGUUGCUGCAAGGUGCCGGUUCUGUUUAAACACUUCUAGGUCCAAUUUUCGUGAUAAUUACAACAUAUACAUUGGCCACUGCGGGGGGCAAAAGUCAAUAUGGCCGGCUAUGAUCUUGAUAAUUGAUGAUCUCUGCUUCCACAGACUGUCUUCGUGGCCUCUUGUUGACUUUUCCGGCUUUUUUCGGGGCGUUUCUAAUACUAAUGUAUAACAGCCCUGUUAUGCAUUUCCUUUACAUAAGUAUUCGCUUCUGAAUGCAUUCUCAAUUUUUGAUCCAUCCAUUUUUGCAAAACGGUAGUCGUCAGCAUUUUGAUAAUCCUAUCACUGGACACAAUGGAGCAGAUUUUUCGAGAUAUCCCCCCCGGGUAUGUGACUGGUUUGAGUCAAUGCCGCAUCAGCAUUAAAGUGUUGGAUUCUCAAGCCAGCAAGGUCUUCCAUAGCAGCUGAAUGUGUACUACUGGCUCCUAUGAUAUAUUGAAGGUUUCCUUCCAGCAGAACUUCUGUGGAAGGUUCCAUCACUCUAAAUUAAAACAAAUUGCAAGUGAUGUGACAACUUCCUCCAAAGUGAUUACUUCGUCACUCUGUAUGGAGCUUUCCGGUAUCAUUUCUAAGUUGUGUUCUUUUUGUGAGGUAUAAAAGCUUUUACUAUGCUUCACUUUCUUUCUUUUCUUUCCUUUACUCUCUACAAGCUCUCUUCAUUUUCUCUUCAAUCUACCAUCUUUCCAGUAUUGGUCUAUCUAUCCUCGACUAUAAUCCUUCACUAUCUGUCAACCAACAAGAUAUCUGCAUAUUCUUUCACUCUUCUGCCUAUUCUAGGAAACUUCACUAAUCUUGCAUACUCCGCUCUUCUUAAAGCUCACUUUAAACCCAUUUACCUUUCCUCAUUUUGGA